UUCUGAAUAUUAUAACAUUUUCAAAAUUAAAUAAACUCGACGUGCAUUCAGUUUUCCACCAAACAAACAAAAAAUUAACGCGUAUCUUAUUUGGUGUGCAUUUUAGCAAUUGUCUGUGGUUGGGCGCAUGCGUGUGUUGGCGGCUAUUAAAAACUUUACAAAGCAUUAUGCCAAAUAAGCAGCAACAAUUGCAGCAGCAACAGCAACUGCAACAACAACAACAGCAACUGCAGCAACGACUUUCUGGCGGAGGCGCAGGCGGCGAUAGAAAGAAGGGUUCAAAAAUUAAGAUCAAGUCAGUUUCGAAAUCCAACAUCAAAGAUGGCGGUGGAGACGCAGAUGACUUCGAUGCGUGGGUUAAGUCACGCCAAUUGCUUAAGCCCGAUGAUCAAUUGGAAUUAACUGAAGCCGAAUUGGCCGAGGAGAUAACUAGGGUGUUGACAACAACAAAUACGAAUGUCAUACACAAUUUGGUUGUGUACAGCUUCAAGGAGAGCGCAUUCGUACAGGUGCCGAUCGCUGGAAACACGGUAACCCUCAUGCAAAUGGAGGGUAGUGCUUUACAUAUAGAUUCGGAUGAAGCGAAAAUUCAAAUGGAGGAGAUGGGCGAAAUCGGAUACCCAUUACCCGCAGUCAGUGGUUCCUUCGUUGAGACGGAAGUUGAGGAUCGAAAAAGUCGUGCAACAAAGAUAUCAGAAGAGGAAGAAGAAGGGGAGGAGAAGGCAGCCAAGCAAUCUAAAGAAGGAGAUGAAGAAAUGCCAGAGGAAGAGUUAGAGGGCGAAGAAGAGGAGUUGGUUGAAGACGGUGGUGGAGAUGCUGAUGCUGCAGCCGAAGAGGGCGGUGAAGCGGCAGGAGCGCCAACCGCAGCACCGGCGACAGGUGGACGAAAGCGUAAAUUAUUAAAUCAGUUUAAUUUUUGCGAACGUUCCGCUCUAACCUACACCAAUCCGAGAAGGAGUGUUGAAACACAAACUAUACCACCGCCGCGUUCACAAUAUGGCGCCAAUGUCUUGCAGUGGAAGAUUUACGAUAGUUAUGCAGAGGACUUCGAACAGCAACAAAAGGAACGGGAGAAGAAAGAUGAUAAGCGUGGCGGACAUCGAAAGGAUGUUGGCGCGAAAAAGUUGGAUAAGGCUGCAGAAGCCGAGCUGCUGAAUAAGAAGUAUCUCAAGGCAUGGCAGAUAUUGGAACGUAUGAUAAAUCAAAAUAUUUACGAGGAGAUCGCCAACGAUUAUCGCUACUGGGAAGAUCCGGCUGAUGAGUACAGAGAACAGGAGGGCACUUUAUUGCCUUUGUGGAAAUUCAACUAUGAUCGCAUACGAAAAUUGAGUGUCACAGAUAUCCUAUUCAAUCCGAUGUACUACGAUUUAUUUGCGGUGUGCUACGGAUCACAUGAGUUCAUGAAGCAACCGAAUGAGGGUGCCAUUUGCUUUUUCACAGUGAAGAACCCUUCCUAUCCGGAUUAUAUAAUAUCGACGGAGAGCGGCGUCAUGUGUUGCGACAUCCAUCCAACAUAUCCCUUUUUGGUCGCAAUAGGUAUGUACGAUGGCAGUGUGGCCGUCUACAAUUUAAGAGAGGACUACGAAAAGCCACUUUAUCUUUCGGUGGGAGUUCACAAUAAACAUUCGGAAUGCGCAUGGGAGAUCAAAUGGGGUCCCGACAUGGCGGAUGGUGAGAUCAAUUUUUAUUCCGUCUCAACGGAUGGUCGCGUCUUCAACUGGGUGCUCAUGCAAAAUGAUUUCAUGAUCACAACAAUAACAACGCUUUUUCUAACGAAUGGCAUUGUCGAGGGACCCGAUGGCACCGAAGUGCAGUUACGCAGUUGUGGUUCUUGCAUGAAAUUCCAUCCGUCCAAUCCGGAAAUCUAUUUAAUCGGCACCGAAGAGGGUCUCAUCUACAAAUGCAGCAUAGCGUAUAGUUCCAAAUACUUAAUGACCUACAAUGCACAUCAUCUCACCGUCUAUCGCAUCGAUUUCAAUCGCUACAAUUCGAACAUAUUCAUUUCGUGCAGUGGCGAUUGGCGCGUCAAAGUGUGGGAGGACAUGCGACCCGAACCCCUAUUCAUUUUCGAUCUGGGUUCUUCGGUGGGCGAUGUCAAGUGGGCGCCCUUCUCAAGCACUGUCUUCGCCGCCUGCACCAAUGAGGGUAAAGUGUUCGUCUUCGAUUUGAAUGUGAAUAAAUACAAGCCGAUCUGUGUGCAAGCGGUCGUGCCGAAACGCAAGAACAAACUGACGCGUCUAACAUUCAAUGAGAAUCUUCCCUUCCUGAUUGUCGGCGAUGACAAGAGUACCGUGACCUCAUUGAAACUGUCACCCAAUUUGCGUCUGAUGGUGAAACCGCCCAAGAAACAACAGUAUCUCGAUCAAAAUACGCUGCAGGUGCAAAAGUUGGACAAACUGCUGUCGCUGGUGCGUGAAUUGCCGAACGAUAUGGUAAUACCCGAUGCACCCACCACAACGAAGAGCUAGAAACCGACAAAGCGGUAUUGUUAUGUAACUGUAUUUUUUAUUUUUGAAAUCUAUAAUAACUGUUUUUUAAAUUUGUUUCAAUAAAACUUUUGUAAUUAACUCUCCAUAAAAUACUAUAUCUAUGUUAUAAUCUGCAUCGAAAAUAAAUGAGAAGUGUCGUUAUUUUAGUAAUCAA